AUGGAACGUAUUUCUGAGCCACUACACAUGGCUCUCCCUCGCCUAUUUAAUCAGUUUCUUGAUCAAUGCCUUGAAGCUAGUGGUGUCAGAGAUCCACUCACCGCGCUGUUUUGUUUGACGUUGAGCCAUCCGUCGUUCGAGAACGGCCACAUUUUCCUGAGCUUCCGCAAAAGAGCCGAAUUGGACGGCGUGGCCAUUAUGAAUUUUUUAAACAAAAUUCAACAGUCCAAGAAGGAAAUUUUACUUGGUCAGGAUCUCUCUGCAGAGUUGCACAUUUUCGAUGAGCAAGCCCCAGUUGAACCCGUGCUGUUGAACGGCGGCGCCAGAGUCGCCCAUUAUUUUGAUGCCGACCUGAAAAUACCAGGCAUCAUCAAGAAUACCGACGGAUAUUGUCUGCCACGAUCAAUAGCACUUGGCAUGCUGAAGGCUGAUGAGGAAACUGAACAGGACCCGGAAAUUAAAGAACGGAUGAGAGUGAAGCGGAAAAACUAUACAGCCCGUGGAAAGCCAGAGCUACACACAAAAUUGUUAACCGAAGCUGGCAUAGAGUUGGGUCAAUCAGCUUAUGGACUACCAGCGCUGCAGGCCAUUGCAGCCAAAAACUUGGACUAUAUGAUUGUCUUGUACACAAGACCGGCAGGGCAGAAGCUCUAUUCCAUAUUUUUAAAAUUGAAUCCAAAUGGAUCAAAAAUUGUAAAUAUUGGAUAUCACAAUGAGCAUUACGACUCCAUCAAUCCCGUCUUGGGGGAGAAUUCGUUUAGUGCCGUGAUUUGCCGUAGCUGCAAACAAUCAUAUCAUUCCAAGCCCCAUCGGUGUAAAUUGAACUGCUCGAAAUGUCACCGGAAAAACUGCACCAGGGAUGAAGUAGAAGAAACAGACAUAUACAGAAUUUGCUCAUUCUGCAGUGUCCAGUUCAUGUCGCAGGGCUGUUAUGAAGCCCACGUGGGGGAAAUCUGCCGCCAGUACAAGGUAAAAGAAAAACAAAUAGUAUAA